AUGAAGGAUUUAGUAGAGAAGCUGCCAGCGGAGUAUAAAAUGCGAUGGGCGUCUUAUCGAAAGAAUCAACCACUGGUGAAUCUCCAAACGUUCGGCGAGUAUAUGGAAGAAGUCGUAGUUGAUGCAUGUAGCGUUUCGUCCUACGGAGGGAGCGAAUACGAGAGGUCUACGAAGCGCGAGAAAGGCAAGGAAUACCACGACGUUACACCCCAGUUGUUGAUUGGGGUUGACAAUCUGAAGCUGGCUGUGCCACUCAAGGUGAAAGAAGGCAGUCCGAUAGCCGUGAAAACAAGGCUUGGGUGGUGCGUGUACGGAGGUCACCAGGAUGCCCGACAACUGUCCGUCAGCUACCAUGUCUGCGAGUGCUCCGAAGAGGAGUCCAUGGACGGAACCCUGAAGGCAUAUUUUUCAUUGGAAGAAGUGGGAAUUCAACCAGCUGGCGUCGGAAUAACCGCGGAUGAUGAGCGUGCUUUACGGAUCCUUGAGCAAACAACUAAAUGGGUCGAUCAACGCUAUGAAUCAGGUCUCUUGUGGAAAUACGACGAUUUUGAGUUUCCUGACAGCUAUCCUAUGGCUUUGAAACGGCUCCAAUGUCUGGAGCGCAGGUUGGCCAAAGAUCCAACGCUCAACGAGAAUGUUCAGAAGCAGAUCUACGAGUAUGAGCAAAAGGGAUAUGCACACCGUGCGUCGCCUGCGGAAUUGAAUAGUGGGGAUCUUCGUCGAGUGUGGUAUUUGCCGCUGGGAGCCGUGAUCAACCCGAGAAAGCCAGAAAAGGUACGGCUCAUCUGGGACGCCUCAGCGAAAGUGGACGGUGUCUCUUUGAACAGCAUGCUAUUGAAAGGGCCGGACCAGAUGACACUACUCCCUGCGGUACUCUUUCGCUUCCGGCAACAACCAGUCGCCGUGAGCGCUGACAUAAAAGAGAUGUUCCAUCAGGUACGCAUUCGGCCAGAAGAUCGACACUCGCAGCGGUUUGUGUACCGAACUGACCCUACAUCGCCCCCGGAAACGUAUCUGAUGAAUGUGGCUACCUUUGGGUCCACUUGCUCCCCUGCCACGGCACAAUUUGUAAAAAAUACGAAUGCCAAACAGUUCGUCCAUGAAUAUCCUAGAGCGGUACAAGGAAUCAUCCACAAUCACUAUGUAGAUGAUUACCUUGACAGCUUUGCCACAGUAGAAGAAGCAGCGCAAAUUGCGUCACAAGUCAAAGCAAUCCAUAAACACGGUGGAUUUGAAAUUAGGAAUUGGUGCAGUAACCAUCGAGUCGUCCUAGAGCAAAUUGGAGAAAAUAAGGAACAAACAAUCAUCGAUCUGAAUUCCGGCAAAGACAAACAGUCAGAACGGGUUCUUGGCAUUCUUUGGGACACUGAAGCGGAUGAAUUUCGAUUCAGCACGUCAUUGCCGAAAGAUAUUACCCAUCUACGAGCGAAUGAUACCAAGCCAACGAAGCGUCAACUGGCGCGAUGUGUUAUGUCGUUUUUUGACCCUCAAGGAUUUUUGGCACCAUACUUGGUAUUAGGAAAAGUACUGUUGCAGGACACUUGGCGCGAAGGAACUGGCUGGGAUCAACAGAUCUGCGACGGAACGUUCCAGCGAUGGAAGGAAUGGAUAAAUAUGUUGGACAGUAUCAACCAUGUGAAGAUUCCAAGGUGUUACUUUUCCAAUGGCGAUCUUUCAACUUUGGAAAUGCAUACGUUUGUAGACGCAAGCGAGACGGCAUAUUCCUGCGUCUCUUACUUCCGAAUUGCGAAUCCCUACGGUCCAGCAGCGGUGGCAUUUGUAGCAGCGAAGACCAAGGUAGCUCCCCUAAAACCAACAACCAUUCCUCGUUUAGAGCUCAUGGCGUGUGUGCUGGGAGUACGACUGGCCAAAUAUGUAGUCGAUGGGCAUUCACUAGCCGUUCAACAACACUUUUUUUGGAGCGAUUCUGAGGUUGCAAUGAGCUGGAUAAAUGCAGAUCCCCGAAAGUAUCGGCCAUUUGUUGCUUUUCGAGUGGGAGAGAUUUUGGAAAAAUCAAACCGUAAAGAAUGGCGCUGGAUAUCGUCCAAGCAAAACCCAGCCGACGAGGCAACUAAGUGGGGAUCAGGACCGUUCUUUAACAAGGACAGCAUUUGGUACAGUGGACCUGUAGAAUUUCUUCGUUACCCUGCACCCCAGUGGCCACCGGAAAAAACCUGUGAGGUGGUGACGGAUGAAAUACGGGCCUGCUAUUCUCAUCAUGAACUACAAACUCCGGUGCAAUUGCUGGACGUCGAAAGGUUUUCUUCUUGGAAAAAGAUGCUACGCGUGAUGGCAUAUGUUUGGCGGUUCGUGGACAACUGUAGAACGUCAGUCAUGGGCCAAGAACGGAGAAACGGUCAUCUGACGCAGCCCGAGUUCAAGAAAGCAGAGGAAUGUCUGUUUCGUGCGGUGCAAUGGGAGUCAUACGCCGACGAAAUAGCAACUUUGACCAGUAAUCUACUACUCCCAGUACAGAAGCGUCAACCACUGGAAAAGUCGAGCCUUCUCUACAAGAUUUCACCGAUGUUGGACACAGCAGGAGUUUUGCGGGUGGACGGUAGGAUUGGAGCAGCUCAACACGUAUCGGUCGACAUGAAAUUUCCAAUCAUUCUUCCAAAGCGACACCGUCUGACGAUGCUUGUUCUAAAUGAUCUCCAUCGAAUGUUACUGCACGCCAACAACGAAACUGUCGUCAACGAAGCACGGCAGCGCUACUACAUAGCACAAUUACGAACACAAUGGUUCGGCGAAGCUGAACCUGUUCAACCCGGAGACCUAGUAAUGAUCAUUGAUGACACUAAGCGCAACGGAUGGAAACGUGGGCGCGUGCUCGAGGUAUUACCAGCUGCAGAUGGAAGAAUACGCCAAGCUAUUGUACAGGCUGCCGGAGGCACUCCGGCUAGGAAACCUAUUUCAAAAUUGGCGGUGUUGGCGGUAUCAAAGAAUGCUGGAACCGAGAACAUGUAG